GGAACUUAACGCUUGACCCUAACCGGUUUUUAAUUGACAACGAUACGACUACGAAACUCGUAUUCAUUUCGAAUUGCAUGAAUAACGCGAGUGCGAGUCUAGAGAGGUAUAGGAUCCAGUCAUGUCAGACAAGUGUGGAGCUGGUCAUGCUAGCGAACGAUACGAAUUUGAGAACCGCAACGGAGACUUGCGGCAACGGYAGUGGGAUUGUGAUGACGCCGGUGGAAUUGACUGGCAAAGAAGGGAGGAUUGACGCUACGAAUUAUGCAGAGGUGCUGGAAAGGGGGUUCGUGAUGAGGUGGCGUGCGCCGGACUGUGGUAUCUGUCGGGAUAGUGGUGGGAGGUGUGGGUUCGAUACGCCGACGUUCCAAUUUCGUUGUUUUUGCCCCGAUAGACCCCAUAGGACGCGUUGCACACCUGGAAAACGAAGAAACACUGUGAUGAAAUAUGCACUAGCAGCUCUUGGCAUUGGGACCGUAAUUAUCUUGAUCUUCCUGAUCUUUUGCUUCAGAUUCAAGAUCUUCUCUAGAUAUCACACAAAAGUUCAUACCAAUCUGGAAAUCUUCAUAGAGAAUCAUGAAGCUCUUGCUCCAAAAAGGUACUCUUAUUCAGAUUUGAAAAGAAUGACUGAAUCCUUCAAAGUCAAAAUAGGCCAAGGAGGUUAUGGUUCUGUGUACCAAGGAGCGUUACACAACGGUAACUUAGUUGCGGUCAAAAUUCURAACGAAUUAAAAGGAAAUGGAGAAGAUUUAGUUAAUGAACUCGCGAGCAUUAGCAAGACUUCUCAUGUUAACAUAGUAAGUCUUUUGGGAUUCUGUUUUGAGGGCCGUCACCGAGCUUUGAUCUAUGAGUACAUGCCUAACGGAUCCCUAGAGAAAUUUGUUUAUAAUCGAGGUUCAGCAAUAGGUAGCCAACUAGAAUGGGAGAAACUAUACGAAAUUGUAGUUGGCAUUGGUCGAGGCUUAGAGUACUUGCAUCGCGGUUGUAACACACAAAUUCUACAUUUUGACAUAAAACCCCAUAAUAUUCUCUUAGAUAAAGAUUUAUGUCCUAAGAUAUCUGAUUUUGGGCUCGCUAAGCUAUGUCCUGAAAAAAGAAGUGUCAUUUCUAUGUCGGGUAUGAGAGGGACUCCGGGGUAUAUUGCACCGGAAGUAUUUUCUAGAAACUUUGGAGGGGUUUCUCACAAGUCGGAUGUGUACAGUUACGGGAUGAUGGUAUUAGAAAUGGUGGGAGGGCGAAGGGAUGUUGUGGUUGAAGUUAAUGACACUAGCAACAUGUUCUUCUCCCAUUGGGUAUAUAAACAACUUGUGUCGAACAAAAAUCUUGGAUUGAGCGGGAUUUUGAAUGAGGAGGAUAAAGAACGAGUGACGAAGAUGGUUUUUGUAGGCUUAUGGUGCAUACAAGUUGAUCCUUCAAGUAGACCAUCAAUGAGUAAGGUGUUGGAUAUGUUAGAAGGAGAUUUAGAGUCCAUACAGAUUCCUCCUAAACCUUUCUUGUUUUCCCCUCCAAAAUCACCAGAUCCCACCAUUGAAUCGCUAUGAUUCAUGGUUAAACUUGAAAUUGAAAAAUGUAAUCGGUUGUUCAGUAAACAUGUAACACAUUCAUAUCCAAAUUUGGUAAUUAUAUGGGAGUUUGAGGGGUUCCGUUGCAAAUUGGUUUUGGAAUUGGUAUGUAAUAAAAAAUAAAUGAACAAAACAUC